CUUAAGACUAUAGAGGAGCGCGAGGCGAGGAGGACAACAUCUCGGGAAAAAAAACAAGGACCAGAAAUUUACCUCCAAUAAACAUGUUGGAUUCGCUCACAUUACUCCUGAAAAAAGUACUCUUCCUCACUCACCUCAAUGUCUUCAAUCAGUUCAGGACCAGUCUGUUUUUUUCAGACACACAGAGAGAGAGGGAGAAGAAGAUAGUUACAAAUCACUGCGAGAAAGAAGAGGUCCCCGAUCCCUCCGCCUGCAUCGCACUCACAGACUCCCUGUACCAGCGGGGAGACUUGUUAGAAGUUCCCCGGACUCUAUUCACUCAUUUCGGCAUCUAUUUAGGGGACAACCGGGUGGCACAUCUGAUUCCGGAUAUCUUGCCACUCUUUACGACGGACAAGCUUUCCAUUCAGGUGAUGGUAACUAACAAACGCUUAGUUCUUGGCGUUCUAUCCAAGAGCGCCAGCAUCCGGGUGGAUACCGUUGAGGACUUUGCCUACGGCGCGUCAAUUCUACUGAACGCUAUGGACACUACCGUGCAGAAACGACCGUUGGAUGGCGAAGAGAUCGCGAGGAGAGCGGAGGAAAUGGUUGGGAAGAUACCGUACAGUUUACUGUGGAAUAACUGUGAACAUUUCGUUACUUACUGCCGGUACGGCAGCGCAAUCAGCAUUCAGACAGACAAGUUCUGUGAUUGGCUGAAAUCUGUCAUCCGGGAUCAUAGGAGUGUUCCUCUGACGGCAUUCCUGGGAAUUCUGUCUAUUCUCAGUCUGGGAAUGUCCCCUUACACCAUGCUUCCCACCCUCCUCAUCCCCUUCACCCUCUGGAUGGCAGGCUGAUACCUGGGAAUUCUGUCUAUCCUCAGUCUGGGAAUGUCCCCCUCCUCAUCCCCUUCACCCUCUGGAUGGCAGGCUGAUACCUGGGAAUUCUGUCUAUUCUCAGUCUGGGAAUGUCCCCUUACACCACGCUUCCCAAUUCUGUCACCCGCAGGGUUUGGGGUCACGGUCAGGGUCACCAUAUCCCAACUCCCCCUGAGACCCCCGCAGGAAGUGGGGUCAGGGUCACCAUGUCCCAACUCUCCCUGAGACACCAGCAGGAAGUGGGGUCAGGGUCACCAUGUCCCAACUCCCCCUGGGACACCAGCAGGAAGUGGGGUCAGGGUCACCAUGUCCCAACUCUCCCUGAGACACCAGCAGGAAGUGGGGUCAGGGUCACCAUGUCCCAACUCCCCUGAGACACCAGCAGGAAGUGGGGUCAGGGUCACCAUGUCCCAACUCUCCCUGAGACACCAGCAGGAAGUGGGGUCAGGGUCACCAUGUCCCAACUCCCCCUGAGACACCAGCAGGAAGUGGGGUCAGGGUCACCAUGUCCCAACUCCCCCUGAGACACCAGCAGGAAGUGGGGUCAUGGUCAGGGUCACCAUGUCCCAACACUCCCUGAGACACCAGCAGGAAGUGGGGUCAGGGUCACCAUAUCCCAACUUCCUCCGAGAGUGGGGUCCCCAUUGUACAAUUAUCAAUUAGAGUGAAGUGCAGAUUGUUCACCUACUCGGGUCCGGUAUUCAGACCAGCGAGCUUUCGGUUACUUGCCCUCUGACCGCUAGCAUUACGACAGCGUUCAAACAAUAGCCUCAUGUCUCUCAAUAUGUUUCAUACCACAAAAACACAUUGACCUUUGCGAUUGUACCCAUCUCUAACAUUGACCUUUCUCUAAACCAUGAUAUUUUGUACAGAAUGUCUUUUUUUUUUUUUACAUUGUAAAACUUUAUACAGUUUUUGUUGUAAAUGAAUACCUGACUCAUUAAACACUGUAGUGUGCUGAU